UUUCCACUGCAAAGCUGGGCGGUCAGUUGCCACCAGAACUCUGAAUGAAGCGGUUGUGUCAUAUGUUAACGUGUCUUCCCGCCUUUAACAGCCGCGAUUAAAAGAACAAUGGAUACUACGUCACGUUGAGAUCGCAAUGACAUAACGAAAAGUUCGGCAGGCACCAGACAUGGACGGAACCCUGCAAACUGAAUUCUCGACAAAACCCAAGAGAGGAGUGUACCUUUCCAAGGGUCUUGCAACAGUCAUUUUCGUUAUAUUCUCUCUAGCGCUAGUCGCUACUGCCUUCAUAGUUUAUAAUUUCGCGGCCUGUCCGAGGACAGAUCAAUUAGCAAAUGUGACUAAAUAUGAAUUAUCCCACUGUGACCAAUCAAAACUAUUAGUGAUACCGUUAAGUACAGAGCCUAGUGUAAAUAUCGAAACAACAGCUUUAAUAGAAACUACGACACAAUCAGAGAAAAAUAAAGUUAUUGAUGUACGGUUACCUACGAAUAUCAAACCUGAACGUUACUAUUUAAAAUUAACGCCAUAUAUAUUUGAAGGUAAUUUUACGUUUGAUGGUGAAAUAAGUAUAGUGCUAACGGUGAAAAAUGAGACGGAUACGGUUACAUUUCACGGUGUAGAGUUGACGUUCCAAAGUAUAGAAUUGUUUAAGAAAGAAGACGGGAAGACAAUAGAAAUCUUAGAGAGAAGGGAAGAUGUUUCAAAGCAAUUUCAUAUAUUGACUACCGAGGAGACGUUGAAAGCGGGUCAGCAGUACGUUUUGAAUAUAACGUAUGUGGGGAUUCUGAAUGACAAUUUACAUGGAUUUUAUAGAAGCUCCUAUGAAGAAAAGAAGGAUAAACGAUGGAUAGCAGUAACACAGUUUCAAGCAACGGACGCCAGGAGGGCUUUUCCGUGCUGGGACGAGCCCGCUCUCAAAGCAAAGUUUACUAUUAGUAUAGCCCGACCAGCAAAUAUGAGUUCUGUGUCCAAUAUGAAUAUUGUUUCUCGUGAACCACAUAAAGCCCUAAAGAAUUACAUCUGGGAUCAUUACGCGGAGUCUCUCCCGAUGUCAACUUACUUGGUUGCGUUUGCCGUGACUGAUUUUGGUAAUAUGAGUUACAACAACUUCUCAGUUUGGGCUAGGAAAGAGGCAUUAUCAUCAGCGGCCUAUGCGCUUGAUAUUGGCCCGAAAAUACUCAAGUUCUUGGAAGAGUACUAUAAAAUCAAGUUCCCAUUGCCGAAAAUAGACAUGAUUGCACUGCCGGACUUUAAAGCUGGUGCAAUGGAAAACUGGGGAUUACUGACUUUCAGAGAAAUAGCGAUGCUGUAUGAUCAUGGCGUCUCGCCGACCACAGCUAAGGCUCGGGUGGCGUCGGUGGUAGCCCAUGAGAUAGCUCAUCAGUGGUUCGGGAACCUGGUGACGCCAGCUUGGUGGUCCGAGAUCUGGUUGAAUGAGGGUUUCGCUAGCUAUGUGGAGUAUGUAGCCGUUGAUGCGGUUGAAAGUACUUGGAAGUUAAUGGAGGUUUUCGUGUUAAAUGAAGUUCAGAGCGUUUUCAAAUUAGAUGCUUUGACGUCUUCUCAUCAAAUCUCCGUAGAAGUUGGGAAUCCAGAGGAGAUCGGCGCUAUUUUUGAUAAAAUUUCUUACGGAAAAGGAUCAGCAAUACUCCGAAUGAUGAACCAUUUCCUCACUGAUGACGUCUUCAACGCUGGCAUAACAGACUACCUAAACGCCAAGAAGUACGGUGACGCAGAACAGAAGGACCUUUGGAGCGCACUCACCAAUGUGGCUAGGGAAAGAGGCGGUUUUGAUGCGGAUGUCGCUGUUAUUAUGGACUCUUGGACACUACAAACUGGUUUCCCAGUGCUUACGAUUACGAGAAAUUAUGAUACCGGCGCUGUUAGUUUUAGACAGGAGAGAUUUGUCCUCAUCAAUAGUACGAUUGAUGAGAAACCGGUGUGGUGGAUACCGAUAUCUUACACCACGGCUUCUGAAAAGAAUUUCCAAUCCACUCAGCCGCAGUUGUGGCUGAAGGGGGAACGAUCCGUUGUUGUCGAAAACAUUUCUAUCAGUAAAGAUGACUGGAUAAUUGCAAAUAUACAACAGACUGGUUUCUACCGCAUUAACUACGACCAACGUAACUGGGAGAUGCUUAUCAAUGUAUUAAACGAUCCGAAACGAUUCGAAGAAAUCCACCCGAUUAACCGAGCACAGAUAAUUGAUGAUGCCAUGAAUCUGGCACUUUCUGGAAGGCUCGAUUACAGAGUAGCUUUGGAUAUAACGAGCUAUUUAUCGCACGAAAGGAGCUAUGUUCCUUGGAAAGCAGGUCUAGUGGCUCUAGGGUACAUAGACACUAUGUUGUCCAAGGGAGCUUACUAUCUCGAAUAUCAACGUUACGUCCUGCGUUUGUUACACGGGACUGUAGCUGAUUUAGGUUGGGCCGUCUCUCUAAACGAGAGCGUGGUAAGGGCGCAGCAUCGCGUGGACAUGCUGUCAACGGCAUGCCACCUGCAGCAGGCGGAAUGCCUUGAGCACGCGGUGCGAAUGUAUGCGAAUUGGAUGCUAAACCCGAACCCGGAUACUUUCAACGAGAUCCACGCGGACAUCAGGAGUACUGUAUACUGUGUGGGAGUGCAAGUGGGAGGUGCGCGGGAGUGGAACUUCGCGUGGGAGCGCUUUGUUGUCGCCAGCGUGCCCUCCGAGAGGGAGCUGUUGCUUUCCAUACUGGGGUGUACCAGGGCGCCAUAUCUGUUGUACAGGUACUUAGAGCUUUCACUGCGCAACGACAGUGGUAUUCGUAAGCAGGACACUGUUAGAGUUUUCUCAGCUGUCGCGAGCUCGUCCAUUGGCGAACCGAUCGCUUUCAACUAUGUGAGAGACAAUUGGAAGAGAAUCAAGGAAUAUGUUGGUUCAGUAUCAACUCUCAACUCGAUUUUGAAGUUGGUUACGAGAAGAUUAAAUCAAGCACACGAAUAUGAUGAGUUGAAGAGAUUUGUUGAUACACACGGAAAGCAUUUGGGAAGACCGGCACAACAAGUGCUAGAAAGAACAGAGGCAAAUGUGCAGUGGACGGAAAGGAACUAUAACACUAUCGUCGACUGGUUGUUACAGACAGAAAAAAAUACUAACAAUAAUUAAAAUUAUAGAAACAGUGAUUAAAUAGUAUUAUCUAUGUUUAUAAUUUGAAACUAAUUGAAAAUUUAAAUAAAUCGCCAAUGCCUAGUUAUGUACUGAAGCGCGAAAGAUGUUUGAUAAAGUAGAGGACUUAAAUAUAAUAUAAAAGUAACGACUUGAUUUAUUGUUUUUAUAGUAGGUGCGAGCAUUGUAGCUAAGCAAUCUACUCCAUGAUUUUAAUAAUUAUGUAUUCAUACCUAAAUUGUUAAUAAAAUCUCGGAUUAAUAGUUCAUUGAUUAAUAAAUUAUCCGUAUCCUGGAAAUAAAUAAAUAAUAUUAAUAAUGAAA